GGACGGUUGAGUUGUCACUGUCACAGUAGGUCACGAGGGAAGAGUGGCGACAGUGAACACUGCCACCGGUUGUUCCAUCAAUCAGUUGCUCUGCUUUUUACCAGACUUUCUUUCAUUCACAUUUACCUGCGUCGUCGUUAGUUCCCUCUUCGUACGACACACCUCUAAACGGCGACGACGAUACCACCUACGACGUGCUGACCUCAAAAAAAUACCAUAGAGAACGCUCAUUAAUCUUCGUAUCACACGAUAGACAGUCCGCUUCAGCCCGCACGAUGAAGAGCGCAAUGAAGAGCGCGACGUCGCGAUGUCUGUUGCUUCUUGCAGUGGCAUCUUGUUUUUUGCUCUCAGUCGCACAUGCUCCACAUCAGCUACUUGAAGAGCGAAACCCCAAACUUCAUGUGCGCCAGCUAACUCUAUCUGGACCUCCCGUGGGGGCCACGACUACGACCCCCACAACCACGCAACCCACUACAACCCCUACAACUACAACACCGCAAACGACGUCGACACCGUCGACCGCUUCAACACCUCCUACCACUACCGCCUCCCAAACGACGACUACGCCACCGGCGGCCACCACCACCCAGACCACUUCUACACCACCCCAGACCACCCCCACCACUCCUACCACGGCUGCUCUUCCGCUGUCUACCUCGGUACAAGUCACCACCAACUCUGUUGGUCAGGAGAUUACCAGCACCAUUGUUGUUACACCCACAUCCAGCGCGACCUCGUCGAGCACACCAUCUUCUUCUUCUACUGCUAGUAGCUCUAGUGGUCUUGGCACGGGCUCCAUUGUUGGUCUUUCUGUAGCGGGUGGUGUUGCAGUCAUUGGUAUCAUCUCAUUCUUCAUUUGGAAGUUCACUAGGAAACGCUUCUCAGACUUUGAUGACAAUGAAGCAAUCAAGUGGCCAGAACUGAACACGCAUGGUUCCGACGUUCAUGCGUUGCCAACCAAAUCUACGGGUCGGUCAGGUUUCGGUGCAGAAAAUGACUCUGAGGUGAACCUCGCACGUGCACCCAGUCCCGGUGGAUACGCCCAUUCCGUAGCCGCCAACUCACUUCCGGAAACCUACACCAAUUCACCAGACCCAUACGCUGUCCCUCCUCUCCCACACCUCAACCCCAACCAACCCUACCACGACGACCCUGGGACCUAUGGCCAACCAGGCUACUAUGAUCCUUAUAGAGGCCCAGUUCCCAAUACGUUUGGCGACGGUUUCUCGGAUGGUCAUACUGCAGAGGCCAUCCAGAUGACGCGGAUGGCCCGGACCAGGAGUCCGGGUCCACAGAUGGCGUAUGAUGUGCAAGGCCGCGCAUCCCCAGGUCCGCAGGCGGGCAUGGGAUAUGCCCCCGAUAUGCGGUCGGCAAGUCCCGCAAUAGGUGCUGGCAGGGUAUCGCCGGGCCCGCAAGCCGCAUAUGGGUAUGGGCCGCGAUGAGCGCUUUUGGGGGCAAGGCGGACGUGGGGAAACGGGGGUGAAUACGAGAAUAGGACAGAGUUGCUGGAUAUUUGCUAGAUGUUUUGCAGAACAUGGGAGGAGGGGAGAUUUUGUGGAUGGAAUGCUAAUGCACGGCUGUUGCCGAAUCGACAUGGACAUACUACGACGGACUGUUCCUGGUUCG